AUGGCUGAAACGACAAAGUCUAGAGGUCCCCUGGGAAGAGUCGUUGUCAUUGGCGGCAACGGCUUUCUAGGCCAUCAUAUCGUCAACCAGGCCCUUGAGCAAUGGACAACAACCGCCACUAUCGGCGUUGAUCUGCGAUGCGAGCGCAACCGUAAUCCUAAAGCCGAGUACCACGAGUGCGACAUCACCGACUCUGAGCGCCUCCUGUCCCUUUUCGAAGAGCUUAAGCCCGAUGUUGUCAUCCACACGGCUUCACCUGUCGCCGUCAACCCCAAGAUUGGUCACGAUGUAUUCAAGAAGGUCAACGUCGACGGUACCCAGGCUGUUGUCGACGCCUGCCAGAAGACUGGUGUCAAGGUUCUCGUCUACACCAGCUCUGCCAGUGUCAUUAGCGAUAAUGUUACUGAUCUGCUCAACGCUGAUGAGCGAUGGCCUUUGAUCCGUGGCGAGCAGCAGACUGAAUACUACUCCGAGACCAAGGCUCAAGCCGAGGAAAUUGUUCUCAAGGCCAACCGCCAGGACGACUCUAAGCUCCUUACAACCUCGAUUCGCCCAGCUGGUAUCUUCGGCGAGGGCGACGUCCAGACUCUCGCCGGUAUCCUCAACGCCUACAAGCGCGGCAAGCACACGAUCCAAGUUGGCACCAACGAGAACCUCUUCGACUUUACCUACGUCGGCAACGUCGCCCACGCCCAUCUCCUCGCUGCGCAGCUCCUCCUCGCCACCGCCGCUUCCUCCACCAUCCCCCUCGAUCACGAGCGCGUCGACGGCGAGGCUUUCUUCAUUACAAACGACACCCCCGUCUACUUCUGGGACUUUGCCCGCACUAUCUGGCACGCCGCCGGCUACGACAAGGGAACUGAGCCCAACUGGUAUCUCAACCGUGAGCUCGGUAUCACCUUUGGCUAUAUCAGCGAGGUGCUUGCUAGCAUUCUAGGCAAGACACCCACUCUCACCCGCAAAGCCAUCAUCAUGAGCUGCAUGACUCGUUACUACAACAUCAACAAGGCCAAGCGAGCAUUGCACUACCAGCCUCUUUGGUCUUUGAAGGAGGGUAUUGACCGUGGUGUGAACUGGUUCCUUGAGCAAGACAAGGCCGCCGCUGCCCCUGUCAAGGCGUAA